AGCUAUGGCUAGCACCAUGGGUGAAAUCAACAGUGACAAUCGUGGUAUAUCGUGGAGGGCAGAGCGGUGAUGAGUUGUUUUCUGCUAAGACACAAGGACAGUGCCAAUCCUGAGUUUGGGCGUCAGGGGAGGGGGAGCUAGUGGUGUUCUCAGAAGGAGAAACUGUCUUGGUGGUGUCUGUGUGGUGUCUGUGCUUUGACCUUGUCUCUCUGGUUCCCAUCACAGUAUAGGAGGAGAUUCCAUCCUAUCUACUACAGUCACCCUGCCAAACAUCUUCCGGGAAUUCAACUCUAAUCUAACAGGCUAUUCUACUGCCACGGGGGAUAAGGACAGUCCUGGGGCCCGCCUAAACCGGGCUGUGUCAGAUGCCAAAUCGGGGGAUAUGACAAACCAAGCUAAGGAACUGAUCCGAAUGAUGCAAAGUGACCCGACCAUAAAUUUUGAACAAGAUUGGAAAUUACUAACCUUAUUCAUUGGAAGCAAUGACCUCUGUCAUUUCUGUGAAGACACGCAACUCUAUAGCCCUGAGAACUUUCUCAACAACAUUAAAGCUACUCUGGACCUCUUGAAAGAGAAGGUUCCUCGGGUGUUAGUGAACCUGGUCUCCCCCAUAGACAUUGUCCCUUUGAAGGAGAUGUUCAGUAAUCCAAACCUCACCUGCCAAGAUGAUGCUCUCAGGCAAGUGUGUCCCUGUCUCCACAGUGCUGCUGCUGGUUCUCAAGAACUUGCCUCCAUCACGGAGGCAACUGUGAAUUAUCAGAAGCGCAUUCGUGAACUGAUGGCAAGUGGACAGUACGAGAGUACUGACUUCACUGUGGCCUUGGACCCCUUCCUUGAAAGUUUUUCUUUGCCAAGGACCAAGGAGGGGUUGCCUGAUGUCAAGUACUUUGCCCCUAACUGUUUCCACUUCAGUAGAAUGGCUCACGUCUGCUUAGCCACUGGCACGUGGAACAUGUUGCUGGAGCCCAUCCACAAGAGGCCUACACGGUAUGAUUUACAGGAGUCUGUCGACCUGAAGUGUCCAGACGAGGACAAUCAGUUUUUGAGAACCUACGGAAAUAGCAUAGAGAUAUCUGGGACCCUUCUGCAAUGCAGGAACUUUCCUUCUCCCACCAAUCCCUCCUCAGUGCAUGCCCUGACACCUGCAGACAUCGAUGUCGUGGCUGCUUUGGGAGAUUCUCUGACUGCUGGCAGUGGAAUUGUUACCAGACCAGGCAAUCUCUCUGGUAUGGAAACACAGUUUCGGGGACUAUCAUUUAGUGGUGGAGGGGAUGGCAGCCUGGUGAAUGUGACCACUUUACCAAAUAUCAUCCGGGAGUUCAAUAAAAAUCUGUUGGGCUUUGCAGUGAACACCGGCGAAGCUAGCAGUGGGGAUGCAUUCCUCAACCAGGCUGUUCCUAGAGCACAGGCUAAGGAUUUUUUGAACCAAGUCAAAACUCUGGUGCAGAAGAUGACUGAUGACAGUAGAAUAAAUCUCGCCGACCACUGGAAGGUCAUCACAGUGCUGAUUGGAAACAGCGACUUCUGUGACUUCUGCACUGAUAAGCAAGAGUACACCACAGAAAAGUUCCUGGGACAUCUCCGCAGCGGCUUGGACUACCUGCAAGCACAGGUGCCCAAGGCCUUAGUCAACCUCGUGGACUUCAUGAGUCCCGAUAUCAUGCGACAGGUGUUCAUAGGAAACCCAGAUUGCCCGACAGAGAAUGCCAGGUAGGUGGGGGGCUGCCACCCUCAACCCCUCCAUGGCUCCAGCAGUCGGCCAUUACUCGGGGUCUUUGUGGCCUGGUCUGUGAGCAGCUGCAGUCAGCUGAGAUCUGUGCUAGGCCCUUCACUUUUAUCAGAGAUAUGAGGCCCCCAAUGUGAGGGUGUCAGUAGAACCUCUGUGAUUUGGCAGAACUGGGACAAACGUGAACUUUUAUUUUUUUAAAACUAGAUUACAGUCCUUCUAUUCAGUGAUUUGGGGGCAGGAGGUAUGUUGGGAAAGGGACAUAGGGAACUUCAAAUUAAGAAUCUCCUGUUCCAUUAUGUGGGAGACUAUUCACUUGUUUGUCCCUUAUAUAUACAUUUGUUUACGUAACUAUACUUUUCUUGAAACUUACUGUGCACCAGGCACUGUGCCAUAGGCCUUAGAGAUACCUCUUUUAACAUUCAGUAUGUUUCGUGGAUGUGAAAUUCCUAACAGAAGGGCACAUCGUGGUUGGGAUGCCCUGACAGCAAUGUAUUUGAGGUCAUGACACUGAAUUUUUGUUACCUGAGUUCAUUUUCUCAGCUUUCCUUUGUUCUCCGUGAAUACUGUGGGGGCACUUACCCAUACAGCCUUGGGCCUUUAUCCAGCGUCCGUACCAGACUAAUGUCUGCUCUGUUAUGGAUCAAAAGCCUAUGGCAUGGAGGCUAGAGAGGUAGUUUAAUGCUAGAAAACAAGUCUUGCAAGUCUGAGAGCUCAGAGCACCCAGGCUUUUUCUAUGGCACUAUCCUAUGUCAGAGCUGAGCACUCUGUUCCACCUAACUCCACACUCACAAUCUCUAUUUCAUAAAAAUAAGGAAGUCCAUAAAAAUAGAAGAGCCCGAGGCUGGUUGAUAAUGCA